UUCUGUCUGAAAGUGUUUGGGAUUGUCUCUUCAGCCCUGACAGUCUGAGAUUUCAUGACACACCUUUCAUGGGUCUCUUUGCAUUUGUCAGAAUGGACCCCUUUUUAAUCAAGAGACUCAAUUGUCAGUUCUGGGGAAUCUUCUUCUGUGUUUUUUCUUAACCGCCUCUGAGGUCCUGCAUGGCUCCUCCAGUCUGGACUCUGGUGCUGCUGCUGGGGGCUGCCUGGGGCCAGGGCCACAUGCCUGCCCCCACCCGGAAAGAGAAGCCUCCAGACUGGAAGCCCCUCGCUCGCAACUCACGGGAAAACUCCAUUCUCACCCACUGUGAUUUUGAGGAUGACUCCAGACCCCUCUGUGAUUGGAGCCAAGCGACUAAAGACGAUGGAGACUGGACUCGAGAAAGCCAGCCCUCCCCCGCCAGCGGCACUGGGCCCCCCGGGGGGUACCCCAGUGGAGAGGGCUACUACCUGCACAUGGACUCCAGCGCCUUCCACCCGGGCGGGGUGGCCCGCCUGCAAAGCCCCCCGAUAUGGGAGCAGGGCCCCCUCUGCGUGCGCUUCGCCUACUACAUGUUUGGGCUGUCGUGGGGCGCCCAACUCAAGCUGUGGCUGGCCUCAGACGCCAAGGGCAAGCACCCCAACCUGCUGUGGAAACACGUGAACACACAAAGCCCCUCCUGGAUCCCCACCGCCGUCACGGUGCCUCUGGGCCUUGUCCUGCCCAGCCGGCUGAUAUUUGAAGGCACGUGGGGCAGCACGACUUAUCUGGACAUCGCUCUGGACGCUAUCUCUAUCCGUCGGGGCUCCUGCAAUCGGGUCUGCAUGAUGCAGACGUGCAACUUUGACACUCUGAAAGAUCUCUGUGGCUGGAGCUGGAUCUCGACGCCCUCUGGGGCCAAGUGGGUCCAGAAGAAGGGGCCGACGGGGGUGCAGGAAGUGGGACCCGAGGGAGACUACUCUAGCCCUGGGGAUGGCUAUUACAUGCUUCUGGACCCCAAGAAUGCAAAAGCAAGUCAGAAAUCUGUCCUCCUGAGCCCCCUGAUCCAGUCCUCCGGCUGCCUGAGUCUGUCCUUUCACUACAUCCUCCGUGGCCGGUCUCCCGGUGCAGGCUUCAUGGCCUACGCAUCUGUCUUAGGCAGCAUCCGGAAACACACCAUCUUCUCAGGACAACCUGGACCCAACUGGCAGCCUGUCUCUGUCAAUUACACAGGCCAGGGACAGAUUCAGUUCACCUUGGUGGGCGUGUUUGCAAAGAUCCCAGAGCCAGCGGUGGCCGUGGAUGCAAUCAGCGUUGCUCCCUGUGGGGAGAGCUUUCCUCAGUGUGACUUUGAAGACAAGGACCACCCCUUCUGUGACUGGGUCCAGGUAUUACAGGAUGGCGGACACUGGACCCAGGGAAGCGCAAAUACGCUCAUCCACGGUAUAGGUCCCUUCGGAAUCUCCCUCAGUGGAGAAAGUCACUUCGUCUACCUUGAGGCUGACAAGUUCUCCCAGGAAGGCCAGUCUUACAAACUGGUGAGCCGGCCCUUCUGUGCCCCGGGUGCCAUCUGUGUGGCGUUCACCUACCACAUGGAUGGCCGCGGCAAGGGCACGAAGCUCAGGCUUCAGCUGGGGAGCCCUGCGGGCAGCCCCCCAAGUUCUCUCUGGGAACGAGUUGGGUCUCAGGGCCCUGACUGGCUGAACGAGUCCACGACCAUCCCUUCGGGACAUCAACAGCCUAUGCAGCUGAUGUUUGAGGUUGAGAGGGGCUCCCAUGCUGACUUCGUCGUUGCUUUGGGUUUCAUCUUCAUCAGUCAGGGGAGCUGUCGAGGACCUGCAUCUACAGCGCUCCCUCCCAAACCUCUAGGUCCCCCUACUGGCCCUUCUGAAACCCCUGCCCACACAGAAAAACCUGUGACCCCUGAAGAAACAUCCACCACCUCCAGUGAAAUAUCCCAUGUCCCCACGGAAAAACCUGUGGCCGCCACAGAAAAACCAACUGUCCCCAAUGAAGCACCUACUGUCCCCACAGAAAAGCCCAGUGUCCCCACAGAAAAGACCACCACUCCCACUAAGAAGACCAUCAUUCCCACAGAAAAGCCCACCAUCCUCCCUGAAGAACCCACCUUCCUACCUGAAUGGCCCUUUUCCCCUAGUGAAUGGCCCCCUGUCCCUACAGAAAAACCCACAAUCCCCACUGAAAAGACCACCAUCUCCACUGAAAAAAUAACCAUCCCCAGAGAAAAAACCAUGGUCCCCACAGAAAAGACCACCAUUCCCACAGAAAAAACAACCAUUUCCACAGAAAAAGUCACUGUCCCCAUGGAAAAGACCACCAUUCCCACAGAAAAAACAACCAUCUCCACAGAAAAAAACACUGUCCCCACUGAAAAGACCACCAUUCCCACAGAGAAAACCACUGUCCCCACUGAAAAGACCACCUUUCCCACAGAAAAAACCACUGUCCCCACCAAAAAGACCACCAUUCCCACCAAAAAGACCACCAUUCCCACAGAAAAAACAACCAUCUCCAUAGAAAAAACCACUGUCCCCACUGAAAAGACCACCAUUCCCACAGAAAAAACCACUGUCCCCACUGAAAAGACCACCAUUCCCACAGAAAAAACCACUGUCCCCACUCAAAAGGCCACCAUUCCCACAGAAAAAACCACUGUCCCCACCCAAAAGGCCACCAUUCCCACCAAAAAGACCACCUUUCCCACAGAAAAAACCACUGUCCCCACCAAAAAGACCACCAUUCCCACAGGAAAGCCCACCAUUCCCACAGGAAAGCCCACCGUCCCCACUGAAAGGCCCACAACUCCCAUGACACCCCAGCCCAGCCCAGCUCUUGUACCCACUCAGCCGACAGCCUUCACGAUGCCAAGUACCUCCAUGACCCCUGUGACCCCGGCCACCACUACAACCCCGAGACCUACUCCUGCCAUGUGCCCCCCGAAUGCCCACUACGAACGCUGUGCCUGCCCAGCGUCCUGCCAGAGCCCCAAGCCCACCUGUGGUCUCUCUUGCAAGCCUGGCUGUGUCUGCAAUUCAGGCUUUCUGUUCAACAACUCCCGCUGCAUCAACGCCUCUUCCUGCAAAUGCUUCUACAAUGAAAAUUACUACAAGUCAGGGACGGAGUGGUUCAGCCCCAACUGCACAGAACAUUGCCGCUGCCAGCCUGGCAGUCAGAUAGAGUGCCAGCCCUACAAGUGCGGGACACACACCGUGUGUCAAUGGAAGCAUGGCCAGUAUGGAUGCCACCCCUACGGCACUGCCACCUGCUUCGUCUAUGGAGACCCUCAUUACUUCACCUUCGACGGGAGGUACUUUAACUUCAUGGGCAAGUGCACCUACGUCUUGGCCCAACCCUGUGGCAACUCGACAGAGCCCUUCUUCAGGGUGACAGUGAAGAACGAGGAGCGAGGACAGGAGGGCGCGUCUUGCCUGAGUAGGGUCUCCGUGACCCUGUCGGAAACCACCAUCACCCUGCUCAAGGGCAGACACACGCUGGUUGGGGGUCAGCGAGUCACCCUCCCGGCCAUACCUUCUGAAGGUGUCUUCUUGACUCCAAGCGGGCGGUUUGUGCAGCUGCAGACGGCGUUCGGUCUGCGGGUGAGAUGGGACGGUGACCAGCAGCUGUAUGUGCGUGUGCCCAGCACCUACUCCAGCAAACUCUGCGGUUUCUGUGGCAACUAUGAUGGCGACAGUAGCAACGACAACCAGAAGCCGGAUGGCAGACCAGCACAAGAUGAGAAGGAGCUGGGUAACAGCUGGCAGACCUCGGAGGAUGAGGACCAGGCGUGCCAGGAGAACCAGGGGUCUCUCCCAUCUUGCAAUACUGACCUGAAGAACACACUGUCGGGGCCGGAGUACUGCGGACGGCUCGCAGUCGAUUACGGAGCCUUUCAGGCCUGCCUGCCUCAUCUCAAGGUCUCUUCCUUCUACGACAACUGCAUGCUUGACAUGUGCAACUUCCAGGGGCUGCAGCAGAUACUGUGUGCCCACAUGUCGGCCUUGACUGAGACCUGCCAGGAGGCCGGCUAUGCGGUGAAGCCCUGGAGGGGACCCCAGUUCUGCCCGCUGGCCUGCCCACCCAACAGCAGAUACACCCUGUGUGCCAAGCUGUGCCCUGAUACCUGCCAUUCCACGUUCUCGGGCAUGGCCUGCCAGAACCGCUGCGUGGAGGGCUGCGAGUGCAACCAGGGCUUCGUCCUCAGCGGGCUCCAGUGCGUCCCCCAGUCCGAGUGUGGCUGCCUCGACCCCACGGCUGGCUACUUCCAGAUAGGGGAGCGGUGGUUCAAGCCAGGCUGCAGACGGCUCUGCAUCUGUGAGGGCACCAACAGAACUCGCUGUGUGCCCUGGCAGUGCCAGGCCCAGGAGAUGUGUGGUCGGCAGGAUGGCACCUAUGGCUGCCACCCUCAAGGCUCGGCCACCUGCACUGUCUGGGGGGACCCCCACUACCUGACAUUCGAUGGAGCCCUGCACCACUUCAUGGGCACCUGCACCUACAUCCUCACCCGGCCUUGCUUGUUGAAGUCCCUGGAGAAUUAUUUCUUUGUGAGCGCCACCAACGAGUUCCGCGGUGGAAACUUGGAGGCCUCCUACGUCAAAGCCGUCCAAGUGCAGGCCUUCGGCAUCAGAGUCUGGAUGCUCAAAGGCCGCAAGGUCAUGCUGGACGGUCGCCAGGUGGCUCUGCCCCUGUGGUUUGCACGCGGCCGGAUGACCGUGAGGUCCAGUGGCUCCUUUAUCCUCCUCUACACGGACUUCGGGCUUCAAGUUCGCUACGACGGAUACCACCUGGUGGAAGUGACCGCUCCCUCCUCCUAUGCCGGCCGGCUCUGUGGGAUGUGUGGGAACUACAACAACAACAGCCUGGACGAUAAUCUGCAGCCUGAUAAGAGACCUGCUGUCAACUCCGCGCGCCUGGGGGCCUCCUGGAAGCUAAAUGAGUUAUCUGAAUCUGGCUGCUUUGCUGCAGAUGCCAGGCCCCCCAGGUGCCUGGAAAAGAAUGCAACUGACCCCUGGAGUAAGAACUGUGAUAUCUUAGUGAAUCCUCAGGGACCCUUCUCCAAGUGCCACAGGGUGGUGGCCCCGCAGGCCAGCUUUGCCAGUUGUGUGUACGGCCAGUGUGGGACCACGGGUGACGCCUUCACCCUGUGCCGCUCCCUGCAGGCCUAUGCGUCUCUGUGCGCCCGCGCCGGCCAGGUCCUCACCUGGCGGAACAGCACCUUCUGCCCUCUGAAGUGCCCGUCAGGCAGUAGAUACAGCCCCUGCGCUGACCCCUGCCCGGCCACCUGUCUCAGCCUGAGCACCCCAUCGUACUGCCCUUCCUCGCUGCCCUGCGCUGAGGGCUGCGAGUGUCAGAGAGGCCACAUCCUGAGCGGGACCACCUGUGUGCCCCUCGGCGAGUGUGGCUGCACCAGCCCCGGGGGCGCCUACCACCCGGUCGGGGAGAGAUGGUACACGGACAACACGUGUUCCCGGCUCUGCACCUGCUCCAUCCACAACAACGUCUCCUGCCUCCAAACCGCCUGCAAGCCUGGCCAGAUGUGCUGGCCCCGCGAUGGGCUGAUGCGGUGCCGGGGGGCAGGGAUGGGAGUGUGCCGAAUCCAGGACAGGUCCCAGUACAUAAGCUUCGAUGGCAGUUACCAUGCUGUCCAGGGCACCUGCACUUACGUCUUGGCGAAAACAUGCCACUCCACCAUGGACCUGCCUUUCUUCAAGAUCAGUGGCAAGAAUGGGAAGCAGCAAGACCAACCCCACACUUUCUACCUCCGCACGGUCUAUGUGCACGUCUUUAAUUCCCUGGUCACCCUGAAGAAGGACCACGCACUGAUCAAUGGCACAUGGGUCCCCCUGCCCGCGACCUCCCAGAUUCGGGGGGUCAAAGUCAUUUCCAGGGAUGGCUACAUGGUGCUCACCAUCAGCAUUGGGGUGGAAGUCAAGUUUGAUGGCAAUGGUUUCCUAGAGAUCGAAAUCCCCAAAGCCUAUUAUGGAAAGACCUGUGGCAUGUGUGGGAACUUCAACGGUGAGGAAGAGGAUGAGCUACUGAUGCCUAAUGACGAGCUAGCCCCGGAUGAUGUCACGUAUGUGGACAGUUGGCAAGAUAAGGAGAUCGACCCAAAUUGCCGAGAUGAUGACAAGAUCAAAGAAGAAUCGGAGGAGGAGCCAGAAACAGCCUGCCAGCCAGCUGACCUGGAGAGAGCCCAGGAGCAAUGCCGGGCAGUCUUUCAGACCCCGGGCUGGGCAAGGUGUGCCAGCCGCGUGAUCCUCAGUCCCUUCUUGGUCAAAUGCACCGACAGCCUCUGUGAGUUUGGAGGCCUGAGCAGCGCCCUCUGCCAGUCUCUGCAAGCCUUCGCGGCCGCCUGCCAAGCCCGGGGCAUCAGGCCUCCCAUCUGGAGAAACAGCAGCUUCUGCCCUCUGGACUGCCCCGCCCACUACGUCUACACCAACUGCUUUCCCCACUGCCCCCCGACCUGUGAUAACCCGGAAGGCCAGUGCAAGGGCUCCAGCGGUCCCUCCAUCUGCCAGGAGGGCUGCGUCUGUGAGCCCGGCUACGUGCAAAAGCAGCGGCGGUGUGUGCCCAGGAGUCAGUGUGGCUGCCGGGACGCCCGGGGCAGAGACCUCCCCGAGGGUAAUGCCUGGUUCUCCAGCAGCUGCUCCCAGAGGUGUACCUGCAGGGCGGGGGCCAUUCAGUGCCGGCCCUUUGCCUGCCCCACGGGCUCCCAGUGCAAGACCGACGAGGACGGCAAAGAAAUCUGCAAACCCUACAAGUCGGAGCGAUGCACAGUUUAUGGGGACCCCACUUACCGCACAUUUGAUGGCCUCGGCUACCGUUUCCAGGGCCGCAUGACCUACUAUCUGGUCAAGACCGUGGACGUGCUCCCCAAUGGGGUGGAGCCCUUCAUCGUGGAGGGACGCAACAAGAUGUAUGCGUCUCACAACCCUGUUUUCCUGCACGAAAUCAUCGUGAUGGUCUACGGCUACACGGUCCAGCUCCAGCACGAACUGGAGCUUGUCGUCAAUGGUCAGAAGGUGACCGCCCCCUAUGAGCCCGUCGACCAGCUGCGGGUCUCCCUACGAAGUGAUCGCCUGUUCGUGAUCACAGACUUUGAACUGGUGGUCAGCUUCAACGGAAAGAACAACGCAGUGAUCUCCCUGCCUGUCACUUACCGGAAGCUCGUGCUUGGCCUGUGCGGCAACUGCGACCAGAACAAGAGGAAUGACUUUAUACUGCCCAAUGGGGCUGUCACCCAGAACCUCCUUGCUUUUGCCAACAGCUGGGAGGUAAAAAUGACCGAGGGAAGCUUCCCCCGCGUCUCAAGGGCCGUACAUGAGGAGGAGGUGAAAGAAGAAGCGGCGCUAGGCUUUCGUGGUGUGUCGGGAUGCCACCCGGAGGAGCUGCAGCUCAUCAACCGCACCCAGGCGUGUGGGGUGCUGGUGGAUCCCGAGGGCCCCUUUGCUGCCUGUCACCAGACUGUGGCCCCCGAGCCCUUCCUGGAGCACUGUGUGUCUGACCUGUGUGCAGCCCGCGACCCCAAGGAGCAGGAGGAGCUGCGUUGCCAGGUCCUCAGCGGGUACGCCAUCAUCUGCCAGGAGGCGGGUGCCACCCCUGCCAGCUGGCGGGACCACACCCACUGCGCCUUGUCAUGUCCAGCCAAUACGGUCUACCAGAGCUGUAUGACCCCCUGCCCAGCCUCCUGUGCCACGCUGGCAGCCCCCCGGGGCUGCACGGGUCCCUGUGUGGAGGGCUGUGCCAGCCUCCCGGGCUACGUCUACAGCGGAGCCCAGAGCCUCCCCCUGGCCCGCUGCGGCUGCACGGACAACGGCAUCUACUACCAGCAGGGUGACCGCGUUGUCAGCGACGACUGCUCUCAGAGCUGCACCUGCGCCCGCCCGGGGCUCCUGCUAUGUGAGCCCCUCGGCUGCCGCCCCGGGGAGGUCUGCGCCUUGGGGAACCUCACUCGUGGCUGCUUCCGAGACAGCCCGUGCCUACAGAAUCCCUGUCAAAAUGACGGGCGGUGCCGGGAGCAGGGAACCCACUUCACCUGUGAGUGCGAACCUGGUUACGGGGGAGACCGCUGCACGGAGCCGCGGGAUGUACCUCCCCCCAAAGAGCCAGAAGCAUCCAACUUUGCCUCCAUCCUGUUGCCAUGGCUGGUGCCCAUGGUGGUCAUAGUGCCCGCGGCAGUGACCAGAGAGUGCAUUUCCAGGAAGAAAAGGAGGAGGGAGAAAAUGCAGAGCCAGACCAGAGACAAGCCACCAGAUUUUAGUCCAGAGCACGCCCUCAGAGUUGCUUAGUUCUGAGUUGUCCACAGAAAAAGGAGAGAUAAAAUCACUUAUUUUUGAGACGUGACUUCCCAUGUGAUUCUGGUGGAGGAAGGGUCUGUGAGGUGGACCUUGGUGGGGAGAACAGAAGGGAGACGCGGGCCCGGGGACCUAAGGCUGGAUGCUCCAGAAAGUGUCCACAAGGAGGGGAACCGAGGUCUGAGGACGUAAGCAGCUGUCUGUUCCUUAGACAAAGUCACGUGAGGGGCUUCGGGCAUGCAGGAGAAAAGAGGUCACCCCAGGAAUCCUGGUUCUUGUAGAACUUGGCCUCUGAGCUUCCCACCUGGGUAAGUGAAAGGUGAUCCUGAGGUUUUAUGUUUCCAAUGAUGAGAUUAAAGCUCUGGGCAGAGGCUCAGGAUGGGAAAUGUGGCUUUUUCCAAAGGGUGAACUGGCCUGUGACCCAAAGGGCCUUGGGGUUGCUAUGGUAACUGAAGGUGGGGGCUGAGGCCCGGCUUGGGAGGAGCUUGGAGCUCCAUC